CCUGUAAACAGUACCAACCUGUAAAGGUAGUAUUUCGAAAUAUUGACAUUUCUAAAGCAUUGAAUUCCUAAUCAAUUUCCUUGUUUAUUCGUGAAAGAUGACGGAAAAAGGUGCACCACCACCGCAGUAUAACCCACCACCACCGGCAUACCCUGGUCAAUAUAACCAGCAGCCAGGCGGUUACCCUGCGCAACCACAGCCACAGUAUGGGUAUGGCGGACAACAAUCCAGUGCUACUGUUGUUGUUACUGGCCAGCCAACAGUUUUGGUACAACAGUUCAGAGAGGCACCUGUUCGUACCCAAUGUCCAAGCUGCAGAGCAGACAUCUUGACCGCAACUCACUAUGAAACGGGAACCAUGACUUGGGUUGUUGCUGGAGUAUUGUGUUUUGUCGGGUUGUGGCUAGGUUGCUGUUUGAUCCCUUUCUGUAUUGAUGGUUGCAAAGAUGUCGUUCACACCUGUCCAUCAUGUCGCCACAGCAUUGGACGCUUCAACCGAAUGUAGUUAAGAGCCCAACAAAGCCAUUGUGCCUAGCUCUUUUCUACAAACAUGACACUGUUUCAAAAUGCCAUGUGAUCAAAAUCGUAGAACAUCUCUUUCUCCCUUAUUUAUAAUUUUCAGAGUGUAAUGUAUGUUAUGUCUUGUAAAAAAAAAGAUAUUCAAACUAAUUGUGGUGUCAGAUUUCUGGUCAUCUAAUUUAUGUUGUAAAAUGACUUAUGACACACCUUAAAUGAGGUGUAGAUAAUUGCAGACAAUACUACUGCAUUACAUAUUACAAUUAUAAUAAUAUAUGAUAUUUAGUGUCGAUAAAAAUCUUCUGUGAUUGCAUAAUGAUAUUUUUUUUUUCGUUUUUUUGGUUGUUUUUGUUUAGAUAUGUAGAUAUAUAGAUAUAAUUGUGAUAUUCCUAUUUACCUUUUCAUUUAGUACUUCUAAUCGUAAAAUCAAAAAUAUUAUUUCUUUUUACGGAAAAAAAGUUUCAUAAUCAUUGAUUUUAUAUUUUAAUUCAGAUUGUUUUGUAUCGUUUUAAUUUAGUAAUAAAUUGUGCCAUAUGCAGUUCA